AUGGAUACCGAGGGAAGACUGUACUGUCAUACUUUUAAAUGUCAACCAGUUGCAAGGACAAGAGAUCACCAGACCUGCACAACCUUUAGACAGGAACAACUCAGAAAAUUGAGAGAAAUGUUCAAAAAGACCACAUUUCCCGAAAAGGUCACCAUACAGAACCUGGCUUCAGUGCUCCACCUCAACCAGUUGGUAGUAAGACUUGGUUCAAGAACCAGCAUGUCAAAUGGAAGAAAUAGCAGCAACAAACUCAACCAAGGAAUAUCAAACCAGACCAUUUCAGUGAAGGAGGAAAAGACCGCCUUACCCAUAACUUCUGUAAACACUCAUCCAAUGAGUCCUGAAAUUUUGAUUGACCACGACCAUGAUCUAUGUGAUCCUUCUGAUAUCAAACAAACUGGAGAGGCUGGUGCCUCUGUGUGUAAUUCAUCAUUGGAUUCUCAGCCUUAUGAUAUCCAACAGAUAUGCCUGGAAGUUUCUGAUCCCCCUUGGGCCACCAUCCCCUAUGAAAUAGACCUAUUUGUUCAACUCUAUGUAUUACCUUGA